AUGACCACGACACCACCCCUCGCGACGGGUGCCAACCCUCCGAUUCCCGCCGAACAGCUCGCCGCACUUACAUCGCUGCUGUCGGGUCUCACCGCUGCCGCUUCCGGCACUGCCACACCCGCCACGACGUCCGGCACCACUCGCACUGCCUUUCCAAAGCACGCACGCUUGGAUGGUGCGAAGACCUUCGCGAACUGGACACGCCAACUUCGCCUGUGCCUAGCGGACGACAUCCGCUCGUACGUCCUCGACGGUAUCGCACCCGACGACUGGACACCUUCGCAACGCUCCGCUCGCGACGCCGUCGCUCGUGAGGUCCUUGCGAAUUCGAUUGACUCGGCCGAAGUCUCGGCAGUCCUCGACAAAAUCCCUACCGCCGACCUGACAGCGCCGACAAUCUACUCGACGCUGAAAUCGCGGUACGCCCCUGACGACGCCACCCGCACGCUCGAGCUCUUCUCACGACUCUGGGGUUUCCGUCCCAUGCCCGGCACGGUUGCCGAAUUCGACGGGUGGAUCAUGGACUUCAAAGCCGUUGCGCAAGAGAUCAUCGACACAAAGACAACUAUCAAUGAUGUUCUCGCCACACUCCUCCUUGCAAUCGCCCACCCGUCCCUCGAGAGCUUCAAGGCGUCGUUCACCGAUGAACAGCGCACGCAACGAACUCUCCCCGACAUUGAUUCGCUUGCCGACCGUAUGCGAGUCCAACUUCGGUCAACGAACAUCCCCAGCACUCAAUCGGCCCUUCUUGCCUCGUCGUCGUCACGUUCUACUCGUCUCAAGUGUCUCGCCUGUCGCAGCCCUUCGCACCGAGUCGCGGAGUGCCCUACGAGGGCGCAACACCCGCCGCCAGGACCCUGUCGCUCCUGCAAGAAGAAGGAUCACUGGUCUCUCGACUGCAAGAAGGCGCUCGAGGACGGCAAAAAGCCCGACACCGCUGACUCGACCGUCGACUCGCAACACCAUGUCGGAUGUCUCGCCACCGGUCUUCUCGCUCGUCGUCGCCAGCUUCGCAACCACUCUUUUGUCGUCGACUCGGGCGCCACUUCGCACAUGGUCUCGGACAAGUCGCUGUUCACGACCUAUCGCCAUAUCGCUCCUACGAAGAUUGGUGGUAUUGCAGGGGGCAUCAACGCCAUCGGAACGGGAAACAUCGCCUUCAUUGCCGCCUCGGGUCAUCCGAUCACGCUUACCGGCGUGCUGCACACUCCGGGCCUGUUUGUCAAUCUUCUCUCGGUCUCUCGACUUUGCGACACCGACGAUGUCCGUGUCGCCUUCACAAAACACGGCAUCCACAUUGACAAGGACGGCAACGACAUCGCUGAAGGCGCACGACUCGACGAAGGGCUCUACUUGCUGGACGCUGAUCAUUCCAAAUGUCAGCACCUUGCUCUCCUUUCUCGCUCACAGUCGUCCGUGCCCCUGCUGACUCUCCAUCGCUGCCUCGGCCAUCUCGCACCGUCCUCCAUACAGAAGAUGGUUGCCGCUGGUUUGCUGGAGGGUCUCAGGGCCGGAUAUAGUGACGAAGAGGUAGAGAAGUUUGUCUGCAAUGCUUGCCUCAGCGCAAAGGGCCAUCGUCUUCCCUUUCCCGAUUCGGAUUCGCACUCCUCAGAGAGACUCGGCCUUGUACACAGCGAUGUGCUUUCCUUCCCCGAGCGGUCCUUGACUGGCAAACGUUACCUGGUCACAUUCCUUGACGAUUACUCGCGCAAACUCUGGGCCUACGCAAUCGGACACAAAAGCGAAGUCUUCGGCAUAUUCAAAACUUGGCUAGCCGAGGUUGAACUCGAGACGGGUGCGACGCUGAAGGUCCUCCGAACCGACAACGGUGGCGAAUACUGUUCGAGAGCGUUCACAGAGUUCUGCAAGACACGAGGCACCCGUCGACAAUACUCUAUCCCACGCACGCCUCAACAGAACGGUCGUGCAGAGCGGGUCAAUCGUUCCAUUGUCGAAGGCGUCCUUGCCCUCCUUGUCGACGCCCACCUACCCAAGACAUUCUGGGAGGAGGCUGCAGCUUAUUUCGUUUACUGCAAGAACCUGUGUCAACACGCGGCCCUGGACAAGGCAACACCAAACUCCGUCUGGCAGGGUGACCACACCACUGCCUCGGCGCUUCACCCGUUCGGCUGUACAGCUUGGCUUACGGUCGCGCCCGAACUUCGCUCCAAACUCGACCCGAAGGCGGUUCGCGUUUUUUUCACCGGCUACGACCUGGCUUCAAAAGCCUUUCGCUUCUACGACACUACAACACAGAAGAUUAUACUUGGCAGAAAUGCCACGUUCCUCGACACUGAAUUCCCCGGAUUACAUGGCGACCCCACUGAGCAAGACGGCGACACGCACUUCGCCAGCGCUCCCACCACCGAAUCUCAAACCGUUGUCAAGACAUGGACCCCACUAGUAAGGUCGGCGCACAUGGACGUCUCAUCCCCCCUUGAUGAUUCUGCCAUGAGCGCCGUUGACGUGGCCCCAGGGUACACUGGCGGAACCUUACUUAACUUCACAGAUGCCGAAUCGUCCUCGUCACCGUCGCCUGCGUCGCCCUCAUCACCGUCGUCUGCGCCAUCGCCUGCACUUUCACCAUCGUCGGCUGCGUCAUCGUCACCCUCGGCCUUACCGACCGACUCUGAAGACUCCGCCGAUCCCCUCGACCUCCUCGGCUCACAGCCCCAGGUUCGCCUCGAUCUACAGGACGUGCACCACCCAGACUUCAGCACGUACCGCGAGCCCGCAUCGGCUGAGGAGUCGCCCGACGAACUCGACCUCAUUGGGCGCCACUCUCGCGACGAAUCUCCGGACGAAAUCGAUUUCCUCACCCGACACCACCGCGCCUUCAUCGCCAUCGACGACGACACCUCUGACACAGAGGCAAUUCAGCCAGUCAAGUCCAUCACGAGCGACCCACAGACCUGGCGCGAGGCGAUGUCUAGCGACAAGCGUGAAGUAUGGGCCAAAGCCGCCACCGACGAGUUCACCUCCAUGCGCGACGACUUCAAGGUCUUCACCAUCGAGGACCGAGCCACGGUGCCCGCGGGUGCGACUAUCGUUACAUCCAAGUUCGUCUGGAAAACGAAACGGAACGCACUCGGCGAAGUCACUGGACACAAGGCAAGGCUGGUCGCGCAAGGCAAUCGGCAACGCGACGGCAUCGACUUCAACGAAACGUUCGCACCGGUCGCACGCUUCUCCUCGCGCUGGCGGCCGCCAACGGCUUGCACGUGCACCAGGCGGACAUCGACAAAGCAUAUCUGCAUGGCGACCUUGACCACGACAUCUGGAUGACGGCACCGCGCGGCUUCGACCUUCCCAGCGACAAGGUGCUUCGCCUGCGACGCUCCAUCUACGGGCUCAAACAGGCUGGCCGAAUCUGGAAUCGACACAUCGACGCUUCGCUUCGGGCCCUCGGUUACACGGCGACGGGCACCGACCACUGCGUAUACUCUUGGCUCGAUGAUCGUCAAUGUCCACACUACAUCGCACUGUACGUCGACGACCUCCUGAUGAUCAGCCCGGAACUGGCCGAAAUCGAACGUGUCAUCUCAGGCCUGGACCAACGCUACGGAGUCAAGCGCCUCGGCCCGGCCGAGUAUAUCCUCGGCAUCCAGAUCAGGCGGUUCGACGACGGCUCUAUCGCCCUAUCCCAGGAACGGUACAUCAUGGACGUGCUCGCUCGGUUCCACUUCGACACCACGACUCGCGGCACUACAGUUCCGAUGACUCCCGGCCUUUCGCUCACUGCUAUCCCGGGUCAAGGCACCGAACGGAUCAGGUCAUGGUAUCUGCAGGCUAUCGGCUCGCUCCUCUACAUUUCGCUCGGUACCCGCCCUGACAUCGCCUUCGCCGUGUCCUACCUGGCCCGCUUCGCCAACAACCCCGGUCGUCGUCAUUGGAUUGCGGUCAAGCACAUCCUACGCUAUCUCCGGGCCACGUAUCGCAACGAACUCGUGUAUGCUCGCGGCCAGGCUCGCAUCACGGGUGUGGUAGGCUACUCCGACGCGAACUGGGGGGCCUGCAUCGACACAUCGGUGUCCACCAUGGGCUACGUCUUCUACAUCGCUGGCUCGGCCGUGUCCUGGUCGUCCAAACGCCAGUCUCGAGUUGCCGAUUCGACCACCGACGCUGAAUACCUCGCCCUCUCGCAUGCUGGCAAGGAAGGGAUUUACCUCAGUCAGCUGCUCGAAGAGCUCCAUGUACAACCUGUUGCACCGGCUCACAUCUUUACUGACAACGAAGCCGCUGCUGCAGUUGCUCACGAUCCUGUCCGCGUCUCUGGCACUCGGCACAUACGCUUGCGUGAGCACUUCGUUCGGGACAUGGUGAAUCGGGGCGACAUCUCUCUCUCGCAUGUGGGUACCAGCGACAUGGUGGCCGACAUCUUCACCAAGGCUCUCGGCCCAAAGGUCUUCUCAACGCACUGCUACGCCCUCGGCCUUCGCACUCGACACCCGCGGCUUGGGUCUGCCUCGCAUUCGCGUGGGGGGGGUGUGAAGAGUCCACUCUCAGCUCGACAGGGGCGCCUCGGUCGUUGCGCGCACUUGCUAGCCCGCCCCCGGCGGUGGGGACUUAGACGCGCGCGACUGCCUCAGCGCGCCAGCGCCGGCGGAUUCAUGCGCGCGCCCGCUAGCCCGCCCCCUUGCGGUGGGGACUUAGGCGCGCCGGCGAUUUCACCCGCGGCUGACUUAGGGAUGUACAUUGUCACGCGCCUGGGACUAUCCCAGCGUGGCCCCCCCCCUUUCUGUUUCUUAGCUUCCUUCUCAUCACUUCUGUUCGACUCUCAACCUCUCCUGACAGUAGUGGUGAACGUCUCAUUUCGCCUUCGCAGCCAAGCCGUCGCCUCCUGCCUCGCGCCGGCCUGCUCAACUCACGCCCGCGCGCCGCCGCCUCCACGCCGGGCUCUGGCCGUCUGCCCUCCAGUCUUGCCCAAUGCCUCCACUUAGUCACCAGCAGCUUGCCGCCGCCGUCCUCAUGUUCCAUUUCAAGAGUAUCGCCCAUGCAUGACGCCCGCCGUUCGCAACCUGAGUCUCGUCGCUAUGGACUCCCUCGCUCACCAACACUUCAUAGAUAGGUUUCCCCUCGUGGCCGUUGUCCAACACGACCCCUCUGAAUGUGGAGUUUGCCCUUGA